AUGGCGAAACCCUCGUACGGGGUCUCUGCUGGCGGUGUAGCUGCUGGCGGGGUCUCUGCUAGCGGGGGUCUCUGCUGGCGGGGUCUCUGCUGGCGGGGGUCUCUGCUGGCGGGGUCUCUGUUGGCGGGGUCUCUGCUGGCUUGGUCUCUGCUGGCGGGGUCUCUGCUGGCGGGGUCUCUGCUGGCGGGGUCUCUGCUGGCGGGGUCUUUGCUGGCGGGGUCUCUGCUGGCGGGGUCUCUGCUGGCGGGGUCUCUGCUGGCGGGGUCUCUGCUGGCGGGGGUCUCUGCUGGCGGGGUCUCUGCUGGCGGGGUCUCUGCUGGCGGGGGUCUCUGCUGGCGGGGUCUCUGCUGGCGGGGUCUCUGCUGCCGGGGUCUCUGCUGCCGGGGUCUGUGCUGGCGGGGUCUCUGCUGGCGGGGGUCUCUGCUGGCGGGGUCUCUGCUGGCCGGGUCUCUGCUGGCGGGGGUCUCUGCUGGCGGGGUCUCUGCUGGCGGGGUCUCUGCUGGCGGGGUCUCUGCUGGCGGGGUCUCUGCUGGCGGGGUCUCUGCUGGCGGGGGUCUCUGCUGGCGGGGUCUCUGCUGGCGGGGUCUCUGCUGGCGGGGUCUCUGCUGGCGGGGGUCUCUGCUGGCGGGGUCUCUGCUGGCGGGGUCUCUGCUGGCGGGGGUCUCUGCUGGCGGGGUCUCUGCUGGCGCUGCUGGAGGUGCUGCUGCUGCUGGCGGUGCUGCUGGCGCUGCUGGAGGCGCUGCUGGUGCUGGUGCUGCUGGAGCUACUGGAGGUGCUGCUGGUGCUGGUGCUGCUGGAGCUGCUGGAGGUGCUGCUGCUGCUGGCGGUGCUGCUGGCGCUGCUGGAGGUGCUGCUGGUGCUGGUGCUGCUGGAGCUGCUGGAGGUGCUGCUGCCGCUGGCGGUGCUGCUGGCGCUGCUGGAGGUGCUGCUGGUGCUGGUGCUGCUGGAGCUGCUGGAGGUGCUGCUGGUGCUGGUGCUGCUGGAGCUGCUGGAGGUGCUGCUGGUGCUUGA